AUGCCUAACUAUGAGCCCACGCCGCGGCGUUUCUCUACCCUCUAUGUCCCUCAUUUGGGAUCUCGAAAAAAUAGCAUUGACGGCACCACCCACCCCAGCUUUAAUCAGAAUCCCACGCCGCACGACUAUCCGCCCGUUGACCUGGCCGGUGCCCUUCAGCAAUUACAACAUGUCGAACCACAAAGUGAGCGAGAACGAGGGAGGAUGAGACAAAGUGGGGGCGACAAUGCUAAAAGGACGAGCUGGCGUGACGAUGCGGUGGCUGUGGCACCAUCUGCCCGAAGAGAGAGCAGUACAAGCACCCGAGAACGUAUCGAGGAGUGGGAGGCAAGGAGCCGCAGCCAAAGCAAGAGUAGAAGCAAGAGUAGGAGCCGAGACAUGGGAUCGAAACAUCGAAUCAGUGUCGUGCCUCAGAUUCCCGACCUGGCCUUGGCUUUCGGGGCUUUCAAAAAGCAGGAGGCCACGUUGGGUGAUGGAGUACAAGUCACAGAACAACCAAGAAUGGAGAGCAAUAUCGCCAAGGAUGAGCCCCCGGGGGAACGAGAAGUUAACAAAACUCUGCUUGAUGGGAGGCCACAAACACCAGUUUCCCAAACACCAGAGAGGCCGCCUACCCCGGAUAUGGCACCGAAGCCCUGUUCGUCCAUCACCGCCAGCAAUGUAGACGAUUCAAAAAACCUACAAUAUCAAAGGUCCGCGGCAAGAGAUCCCCUUGAGCAUGAUCAAAUUGUCAUUUCCACCAGGGGACCGGCGACGCCACCACCAAAAACGGGGUCAAAUACAGCGUUGAUCAUGGACAUGCCUUUGACCCCGCAAGAAACCCCUGAACGUGGCGGAAGCGAUGCUCGUUGGGGGGGACCAGGCGGUUCUUAUCCCGCAGAAGGGGAGAACUUGGGCGACAAUAUUGAAUACGCGGCCGUGUUUCAGCCCGUGGGUUCCAGAACCCCCCCUUCUGUGGAAAACGAAACCGUCACCCAGUUGCAGGCACACUACCACUUACCUUCAGAUCUCUUGUCCGAUGAAUUACUACAACAAAAGGAGCAACGGGACCAUCAUGAGACAGCGUCACCGGGACCUUCAAGGGAGCCAAAUAAGCCACAUUGCCAGAGUGUUUUGGGGGCAGAAACAGAACCGCUGUAUCACAAUGUUUGGCGAAUCAAUCGAUACCAACCAGAAUUUCCGGCCCCGGAUCGGCCAGGAAACUAUGUAGAUAUCCAAACCCUCAGCCAGGCAAACUUCGCCGGAAACCCACUGCAACAACUGCCUCAAGGGCAGCUACCCGGGGAGCCCAGGAAUUACAGGGCUGCGGCCGUAGACACCUACCCUUACUCUCGCCCCACGGCUUCCAGCAGUAGGGACUGGGCCGUUGAUAUCCCACCCUCCCCUUCAGUAGCUUACUUUGAGGGUCAGAGGGUUCGGCGGCCACGGAGCAGGAGCAGGGCCAGGAACGGGGCAACAACAGAGCACUACCUAUCUCGACAUGAGAUACGGCGUCACGAAUGGGAUGCGCCGUCGGUGAUGGAAAGAGCCUUCCGUGCGGCGUCUGUUAGUAUGAUCCAGGGGUUGAACGUGCCAGUGGAGGUGUACCGCGGCUUACGCGACAUGUACUACCCUGCCCCAAGUCGACCUGACAUCGUCAAAGCUUACCCCAUACGACAACGCCUCCCUAUCCGCAUCUUCUUCCCCUCCCACCACGAUCUCACCUCGCCCGCGCUCCUGCCCACCCUCCUCACCAUCCACGGCGGCGCCUUCACCGUCGGCACACCAGCCGACGACGACCCCUGGAACCGCACCUUUGCCGACUCCUACACCAUCCUCGUCAUCGCCCUCAACUACGCCAAAGCACCCUGGGCCGCCUUCCCCGCCCCCCUCUUCGACGUCGAAGCCCUCUACCACGCCAUCCUCAACGACGAAUCCCUCCCCAUCGACCGCAUGCGCGUCGCCCUCGCCGGCUUCGACGCAGGCGCCAACCUAGCCCUCGCCCUCUCGCAACUCCCCUCCGUCCACUCCGGCACCGACCCCCAACCCACCCCCCUCCCCACCCAACCCCAACCACACCCACACCCCCGCACCGCGACGCUCCAACCCCCCACCCACCGCCGUCAUCUCCAUCACGGGCAUCCUCGAUUUCACCACCCCGCCCCACCAAAAACUCCACACCCGCCCCUACAAACCCACCCUGCGCGGCCCGCGCGGCUGGGGCCCGGCGCUCGACUGGAUGGCGCGCGUGCUGCUCCCCUCGGGCGCGUGGAGCUACAUCCCGUACGGGCACGACGCGGCGUCGGGCUUGGUGUCGCCGGCGUUCGCGGCGCGCGGCGAUCUGCCGCCGCACGUGUUCGUGGUGGCUGCCGAGCUGGAUUGUCUGGCGAUGGAGAGCUGGGUGGCGGCGUGUCGGUGGGCGAGGGGGCGGGGAAAUGGGGAGGUGGUGGUGGUGGUGCCGGGGGUGGGGGAAAGGGUGGGAAGGGAAGGGGUGGCGGUUUGGAGGGGGUGUUUGGAUGA